GCUGGAAUGAUAAGAAGUUAAACAAUACGCACACACAUUGGAAGUCAUUUUGGCUUUUUUCUUAUGUCAUACAUUUGGCCUCUUUGGGCUUGUUUUGGCAGAGAAUUGAGGCUUUGGGUCACUUUGGUUUCAUUAAAUCUGCCAUAAUAAAAAAAAUGGUGCGAUGUAAUUUAGGUGGAGUUUUGGCUUUUGCCUGGUUAACCAGCUGAAACAGUGAUGAGCAGGAUCAUUAUGUGUUUGAAUGGGAUCACAUCUCAUGGUUUGGCGUCUGCACAAAAGUCUGUUUGAUUUGUUGGAGAUGUUGUACGCAACUUACAUUUUAUAGAAUUAAUGUCAUUAUGACAAGUGGAGAUUUAAAUUCACUCUCGAUCCUAUGGUUGGUGAAUACUAGUCACCUCAGUCAGGCUACAGAUUUUAGUGAUAAUCUACUAAUCUGAUGAGAAUAACAGUCUGUGACUUGACCGCGUAGACUCACAGUUUAUUAUACCAGGGAGAUUUGGGACUUGUGACUGUUUUCAGAAAGCGUUUCAUUUAAAAGUGCAGGAGGCUAAAUAACAACGUGACUGUGAGUCAGGGUGGAACUAAAACGGCCCAAAAUCAUAUACUUCCCAUUGGAGGGAUGGAGCCUGCCCUGUUCGCCCUGGAGAGAACCUGACCAAGUCAACCAGACCUCCAUCAGUAAUUAGUCGGCUCCUUUUGAUUUUCUUCAGUUGAUGGUGGAAUGGGUGAUGGAAAAUGGGACUCUCUUAUUUUGAAGUCUAAUCCUAUUUUCUAAUCUUUUUUAUUGUACACAGGUCAUCACUCUAAGGAGGAGGCCACACUUAGAGCAGCUGUGACAGAUAUGCUGUAAGACACAAUCCCGUCCACUGACAUGACUGUUGCUGAUGCCAUAAGGGUCGAUUCAUAGAGACAUGAAGAAGGCAGGGAGGCAGCAGGACGCCGACAUGGACUGCUGCGUUCUGUGCAGGUCCAGCCAAGACGACCCGGCCAUGUUUGGAGAGAAGGUCACAGUGAAGGAGCAUAAACUCUCCGUCCACUACCUCUGUCUGCUGACAUCGUGUGGAGUUUACCAGCGAGGAAACGAGAAUGAAGGUGUGUUUGGUUUUCUAGUGGACGACAUCAAAAAGGAGAUUCGCCGCUCGGCUCGACUGACGUGUUCUGGUUGUAAGAAGAAAGGUGCGAGUGUCGGAUGUUACGUCAGAAGCUGCAGGAGGACGGUUCAUUUCCCGUGUGGCAGGAAGCAGAGUUUUGUCUCCCAGUUCACCGGACUCUUCCCGUCUUUCUGUCGGGAACACAGUCCCUCUCAGUCUCUGGCUGUGAGUCCAGACGUCAGUCUUCCCCGGUCCUGCUCCAUCUGUCUGGACCCCAUCGACCCCGUCCUGUCCUACUCCAUCCUCAAGUGUCCGUCAUGUCUGGCCAGCUGGUUCCACAGAGAAUGUGUCCAGCGUCAGGCUCACAGCGCCGGCCUCUUCUUCUUCAGAUGUACUCUCUGUAACAACAAGGAGAACUUCCAGGAGGAGAUGCUGAGGAUGGGGAUCUACAUCCCAGAGAGAGAUGCAUCAUGGGAGUUGGAGGCCAACGCGUACUCGGAGCUGCUGGAGGUUUACGAGCGCUGCGACGCUCUCACCUGCCUCUGCAGCAACGGACGAACACACUCUGCAAAGAGCGGCUGGUUCGAGGUUCUUCGCUGUGGUUUGUGUGGAUCCACCGGGACUCACAGGAAAUGUUCAGGGCUGAAUUCAAACGACACAGACUGGGUUUGUUCAGACUGCAGCCAGACUACGGACGGGAAAGGUGACCAAGCAGGGGCCAGCAAGCCCCCUUCUGUCCUUCCUUCCUUCCUUCCUUCCUUCCUUCCUUCCUUCCUUCCUUCCUUCCUUCCUUCUGUCCUUCCUUCCUUCCUUCCUUCCUUCCUUCCUUCCCUCCCUCCUUCAAUAAGGAUCAUGUCCAUUGAGAUAAAUCUGUAUUUGUCUCCUGCAGCGUCCCUGGGUGCGUCUCCUCGGGGAGGUCAGAGGAGGAGUCUGUUGUCCAAGUGUCUCAUGCCUCCCAUCCAGUCGUCCAUCAGCUAUAGAAGGUCGUCGCUGUCUGUGCGGUCGGGAUCAGCUGAGGAGCUGCUCCAGUCGUUGCUCCCCCAGCUCCACCCCCUCAGCGUCCAGGUGGAGGUGAGUGGAGACCAGGCUCUGCUGGCUGGACUGGACCUGGUCAGGAGGCCGGACUUCGACCCCUCACACCCCCUCAGCGUCAGGUUCGUAGGCGAGCGGAGGACUUCGUUUCCCAGCAGCCCUCAGGGCAGUGAAGCAGCUAAGCUGCAUUUCCUGAAGCUGCUGCUGCGGCAGAUCCAGGACUCUGUGGUGUUUGAGGGUCCGGAUGGAUCCAAAAACCUGGCGCUGGACUCGCAUGGUAACUAUUGUGACCCCCCCCCGGUGGUUCUGGAGGUGGUUCUGGAGGUGGUUCUGGAGGUGGUUCUGGAGGGGGUCCUGGUUUAUUCGGAGUCUGUCUGUUUGUGUCCAGCUCUGCGUGAGGACCUCUACUUUGACGUGGGUUGUCUCCUGGCUCUGUCCCUGGUCCACGGGGGUCCGUCCAUCGGCUUCUUCUCCCGGGCUCUGUACCAGUGUCUGUUCAACCACCCGUCCAGCGGCCCCCUGACCAUCGCACACAUGACCCCCGAGACACACUUCACCCGGCAGGUCAUCCGGAUUGCAGAGGCCCAGACCCUGAAGGACCUGAAGGAAGCAGCAGCUUCGAACUGGGAGUUCCUGGAACUGGCCGGGUGUAAGCGACCGAUCAGCAGCCUGGACGACCGCGAGGCUCUGGUGGAGGCUCUGGUCGGCUUCACCGUCAUCACCAGGAUGCAGCUUCCUCUGCAGAGGUUCCGUGAAGGUCUGAGGACUCUGGGCGUCUUUCAACAGGUCCAGCUCCUCCCCUCGUUCUUCUUUGAUGUUUUCUGUCAAGCUGCCGAUCGUCUCUCGGCUCAGACGCUCGGACGUCUCUUCACCGUCUGCUUCUCUGAGGACGAGGACAAACUGAACCGAGAGACGCCCGUCAUCACCUUCUGGAGACACUUCCUGGUGGAGACGGAAGUGGGACGAUGCUCCAUCUCUCUCCAGGACCUCCUUCACUUCGCCACCGGAUUCGAGGACCUGCCCGUGGGCGGGUUCUUCCCUCCUCCCUCCAUCUCCUUCCUCCACCCGACAGGAGUGAAAGGGAAGGAGGAGGAGUGGGAGGACCAGGGGCUCUUCCCUCAGAGCGAGCCCCACUCCAGACACCUCCUGCUGCCCGUCACCUCCUCCUACCAGGCUUUUAAAAGCUCCAUGGAGCAGGCCAUCAGCCACCACGUGCACCUCCUCCCCAUGGAGAGCUGGAGGAGGAGGAGGGGGGACGAGGAGGAGGAGGUGGAGGAGGAGGAGGAGGAGGAGUUUGUAUUAGCUCCGUUUAAAAGAAAUAAGAAAACUGCCAACUGGACCAACAGCAUCUAAUGAACUACAUCAUUUUAGUUUAAAUACUUUCAGCUCGUUGUCGUCGUCCUUCACAGGUUAAAUUAGUAAUUAGCCGCAAAAUUAUUUACUCUGAGAUUAAUGGGUGAGCUGCACUAAUGUCACACCUCAUUUACAUUUAUUAUUACAUUCCUUUUACCUUCCUUCUUUCCUUCUUAUUGGGGUUUUAUCCGUUUGUUUUUAAAAGGAGACUCGUGAGCAGGUCUGUGAACUUUGUCUCUUCUUACUUCUUUGGUCUUUGGUUCCUUUUAUUUUGAAACGCUUGGUGGCAGCAUCUGGUCGAGGUCUGUGUGACACACUAGCUUUUAGCAUCACAACUAGCGUUACCAUUAGCAUCGCCGUCAGUGUCUUUAUUUUUAGGAGCGGUAAUCAGACCAGCAGAGAGGUUCGGAGGUGCUUUGACUCUUUUUCUGAGAUUUGUUAAUACGUCUUUCAUUUCAACUCGAACGAGAACUACAACCUAAGUUUAUUUACUCCAGCAUUAAGUGGAAACCUUGAAGCUCGAUCUGUGCCGCCCUAAUUUUAUAACAUUCAGCUGCUUUCUGUGUCUUUGUAUAGUUUGUUUUUUAAAGUUUUUUAUCAUGACCUCUUCUUUCUGUUUGUACUUUUUAUGUCUUCUUGAAGAAAACAAAGCUUGAUGUUAUCGUGUUUUAUCCAUGUGUAACAGAAGAAUGUGUGUUUUUGCUGAACCCAAGCAGACUUUUAGUUUGUCAGGUCAGUUUUCCAUCAGGUCACGUCCUGAUCGGACCAGACUCAGCAUGUUUUAAUUUGCCAGUGAGCCUCAUUUUUAAGUCUGUCGUACUCUGGAAUUAUAUCAGUCCACUCAAACCAAAUCAUUGCCAGUUUUUAUUUAUGGUUUUAGUUUGUCUUGAGCUUUUCUCUUGAAUAUUUUCCUCGUAUAUUUUGUCUCCAUGUUGACCUUCUUUUGUAAGAAAUACUUUAUCUGCUGCCUGA